CUUCAGUCGUCCAGACGACUUCCAACAUCUCAGACGACUCAGACGAUUUACUAGGGCUAUAUUCGUAAAAAUGGCUUCUGUUUUUUUGUUUGGUCACAAGGGGCUGAGCUGUAAUUUCACUAGGCUUUUAGGUUAGUUUUGCAUUUGAUUCAAGUUUGGGUAUAUGUUUGGAAUUAAAAUCAAAUUGUGGGUUAGUUUUGGCAAAAACCCUAAGGGAUUUAUACCUAGGUUGAAACAAUUAUCAUAUUUCAGAUAUUAAAACAGUUAUGAUCUUUGUUUGUAAAAUGAGGGAUGCAAGUUAUUCACUUUAAAAAUACUUACGACAAAGGAAAAAAAAUGGGAACGUUAAAACGCUAUUAAAUAUUAACUUUGACAAACAAAUUCGACAAAAGAAAACAAACAUCAAAUAUUAUUACUAAAUGACCGUUUACAUUUUACACCUGGCUAUAGUAAAAACAAAUUGAAAUACGCAUGAAAAAGGAAAAUAGAGAAACUAACCGUUGAAUUUUUACAGCUGUAUCUAGUAAAAAGGAAAAUAUGUGAAAAAUACGGAAAAGAAAAAAGGAAAUUUCACAAACCUAUAUAACACUAUCCAACACUAUACGCGUCCGCAUAAAACUUUCUCUAAUCAUCUUCUUCUUCUUCUCUCUCUUUCUUUUGUGUUAUUUUCUCUAAACCCUAAAAGCGAUCUUUUGAGAUGAAAACUCUUGCGCCAUUUUCAAGCCACCGUCUCCGUCAACGAAUCUCCACCGUCUAUCCGGCGAUGACGUUCCUAUCACCACCUUCCUCUUCGAUGAUCAAGUCUCGGUCGGAAGAAAACUUGAGUAAGCUCAACGACUGCAUGGAGAACAUGGACGACGACGUCUCGGAGAUGUUCAUGGAAUGUCAUCAAACGGACUUCCGGCAAGACCCCGAGCUGCUUCGUCUCCUCAGCGACUACUUCACCACGAGCAAAUCCGUCAGCGAGCUCUGCGAGUCUCUGAGGAAGUGUCUGGAGAGAGCACAACACGAGGAGUGCUUCGUGUUAGACGAGGCGUUGCGUGACUUUGAGGAGGAGAAAAACGGUUUGUUAGAAGCAAGCUUCAGAAAAACCUUCCGAGGUCUGAGUAAGUUGACCGACUUGUGUCGUGGUUGUAACUCCGACGACGACGGAGAGUGUGAUGUUUUCUCCGGGAAGCUUCAGGUCUGUCAUCGGGACUUAGCCGAGAUGAUCGUGAAGCUAGAGUCGACGAUGAAGGAGAUCGAGAGGAAGCUGAGACGCGUGCGUGGUAAAAGAGCGGUGGUCACGGCGGCGAUAAUCGCUCCGGUGAUCGCCCUUGUGACGGUGAGCAAAAUCGUCGCCGGAAUAUUCGGAUCCGUUCCGGUUGGGGAGGUGGCUACGUUCGCGGCUUCCAAGUGGAAGAAGUCGACGGCGACUCUGAAGCGGGAGAAGACGGCGGUGACGUCGAUGGAGAGGGCGACGAUGGUGGCUCUCAAGGAAGUGGAGAGGAUCAGUAGACUGGUGAGUAGGUUGGAGGCGGUGGAGAGGUCUAUUAGAGUAACGGCGGAUUUCGCCGUUAAGAAACGGUCCCCGGUGGCUGUAGCUAUGGGAGAGAUGGAGAGGGAAAGGAAGAGGUUGAAGUCAACGCUCGUUGACCUGGAUAGAGAGACGGGAAGGUGCGGUGGGUUUGUGGAGUUUGGACGGAGGUUGGCUAAGGGCAAGAUCUUUGAGUUUCUGUCUUGUGGCGAGAAAAGCUCCAACUCCUAGAGUAGCUUGGUUUUGUUUUCUUAUAGUAUUCGAUUAUGUUCGUAGAUUUGUUGUAUUCAAUCGGUAACAACUUUGUUGAAUUGUUUUCUUUGCUGUUAUAACUCCUUACACAUUUUUUGGACUCUUGUUGUUGCUCGCAGACAAUUGUUUCAGGCUGUAUUAAUUCAAGAAGAGGCAGGGCAGCACAAGGGCAUUACCAAAUUAAUGUGAAUGUAUAACAAUUUUUUCAGGCUGUAUUAACAACUUUGUUGAAUUGUAAAUAUCUUUUUUUUCGCAGAAACAUAAAUCUCAAUUUCAGAUUGAUGCUCAAGCUGUUCUAACUCCUUACACAUUUUUUGGACUCUUGUUGUUGCUCGCAGACAAUUGCUCUCGGCGUUCUUGAGCAAGUCAAUGAUGAUGAAUGCAGACUUGGAAGGCUAACGACCUUGACCAUUGGAUCGUCUGUUCUUAGCUUGAGCAGUUUGUCCCACACCAUGACAAAAACGUUCUUGUGAGCUAUAACAUCACCAAGGUAUCUUUUCACCUUCAGCAUUAGCGACUUCCUGAUGGUGUUUUGCUGUUUCUCUAGUUCUCUGAUUAUAACAUAAUUCUACAUAAAGCACAGUGACACUGAGACGGCUCUGAACUUGAAACCUUAUUAACAAAAACUGUCAACAUAUAUUUGAACAUCAGAAGACUAUUUUAGCCAGCAACUAGACUAAUGACAUCAAUGAGGACAUAAAUAUCAAAAAAAAAAUGUUAUUGUAAAGGGUUUCAAGUGAGUCAAAAGAAUAUAACUUUUCCUCAGUUCCUCUCUAUCACAAACACUUACAAAAGUGUUACAGUUUCUGAUAUUGAGUUCCACAACUUCUAGCUAUCAAAACAAAGGUCUUACCAUGUUGCUGUUAGAGCAGGGAAUAAAGAGAAGACAAAAUCAGGGUUUAUCAAAACUCAAAAGGGAAGCCAAUCUCUAAAGCGGAUAUUAAAUUGAAAGAUCAUUCCUAAUCAGCUCUAUCAGUCUGAGGGUUCAUCACGCAAAUCUUUACGUAAGUUGAAAAAGCCUAGGAAACAACAGUACCAACACACUAGGAAACACAAACACCUUACUCUGAUUUUAGAACCAAUGAUGUUGUGAAGGUGUUUGUAGGAGAUCCUAAGAUCCAUUCAUAUACAACCAGAUCAAUCAUUUCUCUAAGUGGAGAGAAAAGACUGCUUGAAAA